CCGGGGAGCUUCCUCGCCGAGCGGGCCCGCGGCUGGCCAUGGCCAACGUCUCCAAGAAGGUGUCGUGGUCCGGCCGCGACCGGGACGACGAGGAGGCGGCGCCGCUGCUGCGGAGGACGCCGCUGCUGAACGGGGCCGCGCGCCAGGCGCCUCGCCCUGCGGUUUUCCGAGUGGGACAGAUGAGCAGCGUGGAGCUGGAUGAGGAGCUCCUGGACCCGGAAAUGGACCCUCCCCAUCCCUUCCCCAAGGAGAUCCCGCACAAUGAGAAGCUGCUCUCACUCAAGUACGAGAGCUUGGACUAUGACAACAGUGAGAACCAGCUGUUCCUGGAGGAGGAGCGACGGAUCAACCACACGGCCUUCCGGACGGUGGAGAUCACACGCUGGGUCAUCUGCGCCCUCAUCGGCAUCCUCACGGGCCUCGUGGCCUGCUUCAUUGAUAUCGUGGUGGAGAACCUGGCCGGCCUCAAGUACAGGGUCAUUAAGGACAAUAUCGACAGGUUCACCAAGAACGGCGGGCUGUCCUUCUCCCUCCUGCUCUGGGCCACGCUCAACUCUGCCUUCGUGCUCGUGGGCUCUGUGAUCGUGGCCUUCAUAGAGCCCGUGGCUGCUGGCAGUGGGAUCCCCCAGAUCAAGUGCUUCCUCAAUGGCGUGAAGAUCCCCCACGUGGUGCGGCUCAAGACGCUGGUCAUCAAGGUGUCCGGUGUAAUCCUGUCCGUGGUGGGCGGGCUGGCCGUGGGGAAGGAAGGGCCAAUGAUCCACUCGGGCUCGGUCAUCGCCGCGGGCAUUUCCCAGGGACGGUCCACAUCGCUGAAGCGAGACUUCAAGAUCUUUGAGUACUUCCGCAGAGACACAGAGAAGAGGGACUUUGUCUCGGCUGGUGCUGCAGCCGGGGUGUCUGCCGCCUUCGGAGCCCCUGUGGGCGGGGUCCUGUUCAGCCUGGAGGAAGGUGCCUCCUUCUGGAACCAGUUCCUGACCUGGCGGAUCUUCUUCGCCUCCAUGAUCUCCACCUUCACCCUCAACUUCGUCCUGAGCAUCUACCACGGGAACAUGUGGGACCUGUCCAGCCCAGGCCUCAUUAACUUCGGGAGGUUUGACUCAGAGAAAAUGGCAUACACCAUCCAUGAGAUUCCCGUCUUCAUCGCCAUGGGUGUUGUUGGUGGGAUUCUCGGAGCUGUGUUCAACGCCCUGAAUUACUGGCUGACGAUGUUUCGCAUCAGGUACAUCCACCGGCCCUGCCUCCAGGUGAUUGAGGCCAUGCUGGUGGCCGCUGUCACCGCCACGGUGGCCUUCGUGCUGAUAUACUCGUCCCGGGAUUGCCAGCCCCUGCAAGGCAGCUCCAUGUCCUACCCCCUGCAGCUCUUCUGUGCAGAUGGCGAGUACAACUCCAUGGCUGCAGCCUUCUUCAACACCCCGGAGAAGAGUGUAGUGAGCCUCUUCCACGACCCGCCAGGCUCCUACAACCCCAUGACCCUCGGCCUCUUCACCCUGGUCUACUUCUUCCUGGCCUGCUGGACCUACGGGCUCACAGUCUCAGCCGGCGUCUUCAUCCCGUCCUUGCUCAUCGGGGCUGCCUGGGGCCGGCUCUUCGGCAUCUCCCUGUCCUACCUUACCGGAGCUGCGAUCUGGGCCGACCCUGGCAAGUAUGCGCUCAUGGGUGCUGCCGCCCAGCUUGGCGGGAUCGUGAGAAUGACGCUGAGUCUGACUGUGAUCAUGAUGGAGGCCACGAGCAACGUGACCUACGGCUUCCCCAUCAUGCUGGUGCUCAUGACUGCCAAGAUCGUGGGCGACGUCUUCAUCGAGGGCCUGUAUGACAUGCACAUCCAGCUGCAGAGUGUGCCCUUCCUGCACUGGGAGGCCCCCGUCACCUCGCACUCACUCACUGCCAGAGAGGUGAUGAGCACCCCAGUGACCUGUCUGAGGCGCAGAGAGAAGGUGGGCGUGAUCGUGGACGUCCUCAGCGACACGACAUCGAACCACAAUGGCUUCCCUGUGGUGGAUGACGCUGACGACACCCAGCCUGCCCUGCUCCAGGGCCUGAUCCUGCGCUCACAGCUCAUCGUGCUCCUGAAACACAAGGUGUUCGUGGAGAGGUGCAGUGUGGGGCUGGCACCACGGCGGCUGCGGCUCAAGGACUUCCGCGACGCCUACCCCCGCUUCCCGCCGAUCCAGUCCAUCCACGUGUCACAGGACGAGCGUGAAUGCACCAUGGACCUCUCUGAGUUCAUGAACCCCUCGCCCUACACCGUGCCCCAGGAGGCAUCCCUGCCCCGGGUAUUCAAGUUGUUCCGGGCCCUGGGCCUGCGGCAUCUGGUGGUCGUGGACAGCCGCAAUCAGGUGGUUGGGUUGGUAACCCGCAAGGACCUGGCCAGGUACCGUCUGGGGAAGGGGGGCCUGGAGGAGCUCUCACUGGCCCAGACAUGAGGCCCUGGUUCUGCCCACAGUGGCACCAGCACCCCCGGUCCCUUAUGCCUCCUCCUGGGGUCCCUGGCCCCUGGGCCAAAGCCUCCUUGCUCCCAGUGUGGCAGGUGCUGCGAGUGCAGCCGCCCUGUGCCUCGGACUUGGUCCUUCGAAUUCCAAACCUUCAGGGAUCCCUGUGACAGUUCCCCAAGAGCCAGUGGGGGGGGGGGGCUGCUGCGUCAGUCACCUCUGUGCCCGAGCCCUUGGGAGCUGACAGCCUCUGGGGACCCCCGUCUGCACUCUGGGCUGGGGUCCCACGUCCAGCACAGCACCGCCGUUUGAGCUUCGGAACCUGUGGACACCGGUGUCACCCAGCAGCUCCAGCCAGGGACCCUGGCCCAACCCGGCAUCUGGGCAGACUGAGGCCCGCAGGGUCCCCCGUCCUGCCCAUUUCUGCC